UGUUUCCUAAUUAUAGAAAGGUAACAGCAAUGGCGAACUUUUCUACGGAUGGUAAACUAUGCAUUGAACGUGAACUGGACGUAACCAACACUGAUCUUCAAUUUGAAGAUAUAAUUACCCGUUUCAACAUUCCUGAAACAUGUAGAUGGAUUACAGACAAUAAGUAUGCCAAGGUGUGUCUACAAUUCCCAGAUGAUCUUUUAAGUGUUAGUGCUGCAAUCUAUCAUGAAAUAAAAGAAAGAACAAAUGCUGACCUGUACAUUCUUGGCGACACUUCUUAUGCAAGUUGCUGUGUUGACUCAGUAGCUGCCAUGCAUGUCAAAGGUGAAGCAGUAAUACAUUAUGGACACUCGUGCUUCACAAAGACUAAUAUACCAGUGUUCACAGUUCUACCUAAAUCAGAACUGAACAUGGAUAGUGUAAAGAAACUAUUGUUUGAUAACUUUAAUACAAAUGAUAAUUCUGAUUUGUGCUUAUUUUAUGACGCUGAAUUCGAACAUUCCAAAGAUGAAAUAAUGUCAUUCUGGUUUCAAAAUUACCCUCAAAGUUACAUGGCAUUUAUACAAAUAGAAGAAACGGAUGACCGGAUUUUGGGUAGAAUAAUAAGAAAUAAGAAAAACGAGAAUGUCCCAGUGGAUGUCCUCAAACAGUGUACAUGUAUCCACUUAGGUUCCAGAGGACAGACAUUGUUUAACUUUACUGUUUCAAUUCCAGCUUUAAAAUGGCACUUACUAGACCCCAAAGAGAAUAAAGUUGAUGUCCUAGAAGAAACAGUGUGGUUCAAAAGAAGAAGAUUUUUAGUUGAAAAAUGUAAAGAUGCCAACAUCAUAGGUAUCUUGGUGUGCAAGCUUGCCGGAGAUCAAACUAAGGAUAUUAUUAGUAGGAUGAAACAGUUGUGCAGGGUCAACGGAAAGAAAAGUUAUACCGUCUCAGUUGGAAAACCUAAUGUUGCCAAACUUGCUAACUUUCCAGAAAUUGAUAUAUAUGUAAUGAUAGCCUGUCCAGAAAACGAUUUAUACAACAACAGAGAUUUCUAUAAGCCAAUAGUCUACCCAUUUGAACUAGAACUAGCAUUGAACUCAAACAGAGAAUCAUACUACAACUAUCACGUGACCGACUAUGACGAGCUCCUGCCGGGAAAGAGACACUACUGUGACAUUAGUCACGUGAAAGAUGAAACUGACCUAAGUUUGAUAACGGGAAACAUUAGAGAAAUGAAAAUACAACAUACUGAAGCAGGCAGCAUGGAUUUAGUUGAAAAACAAAAUUGGGCUUUAGAAAAUAUAGGACACAACCUUCAAGAAAGAUCUUGGAAGGGUCUAGAACAGAAAUUGGGUGAAACAGAGGUAAAACAAGUGGAAGAGGGCCGUAAGGGUAUACCGCUGCAGUACACAAAUGAGCCACAAUAAAUUAAACAGUUUAUCCGAGAUAUUUACAACAUUUAAUGAAAUUAUUUAUAAGCUAUUUAUUAAUAAAUUAGUUACAUUU